ACGUAGCGCUCCGCUAACUCCUCCUCGGCGAGUCGCAUUGAACUCAAAAGGGGAACAAAAAGAGGCCCAGCAGCGCCCAUCGCUGUCUCUCCGCCUUCUCUGUCGUUGUCACGGGAUUUCAAUGUACAGCCUGCUCUUUAGUUACUGUGUUGAUUUUGGCCGCCCAUUUAUGGCGUUUGUGAGUGUCAGCGGAGACUUCUGCCAGGCACAGCACGUCGCCUCUGCGGACGAGUGAACCAUCGGCCCCAAGGAGGACUACGCCACCCAGAAGCCUCCCUGAAGACCAGCACCCUUGGAUUGUAGCUGCUUUCUCCCACUGCCCUCCCUGGAUUCACACGUUGUCCUUGGCCAGAACUACUUCUCCCCUGUCCCCAGAUCAGGCAUUAAAUACGACCAAUACAAAGUUUACUGCCUGCCUUUUCUGUCAUCAGCCAAUCUGAACACCUCUCCUGAAUGGGGUAAUCUGCUGCAAUAAUCUGAUUGGAUGAUUGAAGGAUUGACCCCUACCCCCUCCCUGUUUUAUCCGUGGAGUAUUGUGGAAUUUUUAUUUCCUUUUUUAACCUUUUGAGUUCCUUUAGCGGUCUAGUCCAAAUACCCAAAUUUUCCCGACUUGUAUGUUUUUUUUUUUUUUGUUUUGUUUAAAGUCUACUAGGAGUCCUUAAACAUCUGAGCCAAAGUCUCCCUUUUUAGACAUUUUAUUUAUUUUUAUAUAUACGUAUAUUUUUAAGACUUCUCGCCAACAUGAACCGCCCUGCCGCCGUCGAGAUCUCCUAUGAGUGCAUGAGGUUUCUCAUCACCCACAACCCAACCAAUGCCACACUCAACAAAUUCACUGAGGAACUGAAAAAAUUUGAGGUGAACACCCUGGUUCGGGUCUGUGAGGCCACCUAUGACAAGGGCCCUGUGGAAAAAGAAGGGAUUGAAGUCCUGGAUUGGCCCUUUGAUGAUGGUGCCCCUCCCCCAACCCAGGUUGUUGAUGAUUGGCUGAACUUGCUGAAGGUUAAGUUCCGUGAAGAGCCAGGAUGUUGCAUUGCUGUGCACUGUGUUGCAGGACUAGGCCGUGCACCUGUUUUGGUGGCUCUGGCCUUAAUUGAGUGUGGGAUGAAGUACGAGGACGCUGUGCAGUUCAUCCGACAGAAGCGACGUGGAGCCUUCAACUCCAAACAACUGCUUUACCUCGAGAAAUACCGGCCCAAGAUGCGUCUCAAGUUCAAGGAAACCAACGGCCACAACUGCUGCAUUCAGUAGGGUGGUCCUCAGCAACUAGGGAGCAAUGCAAAAGGAAAAACUGCAACUGUAAUUAUUAAAGUGAUGAUUCUCAUGGCAGUCGAUUACAGGGAACAAAGGUCGGUUUUGUUUUUUGUUUUAAUAUAUGGAUUCACCAGCUGAAUGAGAAGCUGAAAGCACAAGGAAGGCCCUUUCUGCUUGCCCUAAUGUCUAAUUGUGGGCAAGAGCCUGACACAGGUUCUGCCUGGUAAACAGUGUAAUCAUGGGAGGGUUUUUUUGUUAAACUUUGUAUACUUAAAAUGAACAAUGGUAUAGAUAUUUCAAAUGUAAUAGCAUCUUUAUAAAUUUAUAUUUAUGUAACUAUAAAUAUAAAUUAUAUCAGUGAUCCAAACGAAUGGAUUGAAUGCCCCAUGUUUUCUGUUAACAUGGAAACUUACAUAUUAUGGUUUUUUUUUGUUUUUUUUUUUUUAACUGAAAGUAACUUGAUCUCAUGCAGUAUGUUAUAUAUUUUUCCCCUAGGGUUUAUAUAUGGUCUGUUUUUUACCAGGCAUGGCACCUCUUGUCCUGGUUUUUUGGGGGACUGUCCCACCCCCUCCCCUUUAUUUGAUGCCCCUGUCUACCUUGGAAAGGCUUCCCUUUGCCGCUGCCCCACAGAGCUUCUCUGUUCCUCACAGGAAGACACCUGGCACUCUUAGCUUCUUAUUCAUCACUGCAUCACAGUUCCUGUGGGGGUUUGCAAUAGGACAUAUUUGCAACUAUGCUGUGCCACCCCCCCCAAUAACAUGUGUGUGGUGUCUAAGGGUCUAAUAGCUGGGAAGGGGGAUGGUGGAGAAUCUACUAUAGACCUAUACAUUUUUCUCCCUUUUUAAAACAUCCCCCAAUUCUUAUUGCUUUUAAAUUUUGAAAUAAAAUGAACUUUUCUGCUUUUAAAAUGUG